UCUUCCGGGUUACAUCUCUCCCCCUGGCGUGGUUUUUGGAUGUGGGAACGCACAUAGCAUGUGUACAUAAAAUUGGUUUGAUAAAAUGAGUUCUCAGAAAGGUAAUGUCUCCCGAUCGCGCGGCCAGAAGCAUCAAAACGCAUCUGCUUUCAGAAACGACAAGUACGGAGCCAAUAUACAAGUGAAGAAGGCAAACUCUAAGAUCCACGAUGGGCUCUGUCAUCACUGUAAAGGUGUUCUUGAGUGGAAAGUGAAGUACAACAAGUACAAGUCACUGACACAGCCUCGGAAAUGCGUCAAGUGUUCCGAAAAGACUGUGAAGGAUGCGUAUCAUGUCAUUUGUAAGCCCUGCUCCCUUCAGCUGGAGAUCUGCUGCAAGUGUGGAAAGAAAGAGGGUAUCGUUAUCCCAAUAAACUCACAAGAGGAAGGGAAUGAAGAUGAAGAAGAAGAAGAUGGAGAGCAGAGAAAGAAAGGACGUGGACGAGGAAAGAAGAACAUGGAUGACUUGGACACUGAUGAUGACUUUGAUGAUGAUGAUGACUUAAGUGACUUUGGAGACAAGGAUGAACGAGAGGAUUCGGAUAGCAACCCCGAGGCAAAGAAGACGCAGAAAAAGUCUGAUGUGAUCCCAGAUGUAUCUCGAGUCAAGAUUAAAGACUAAAGACAUUGAGCAGGUUUUCAUUGUACUUAGACUUUUUAUUCAACAUUUACUUUUUUUUUAAAAAACAUUGAGGUAUGGGAUGUGUUUGAACUUGGUGCUUGCUUCACAUACAAACAUGAAGCAGCAACAACAGUCAUUCUUUUUUCAAAGUUUCAAGUGCCCAACCUUUCUUGAUCUGUGACGUGGAUCUGCGCCGUCAGUCCAAUAUCCGUCAUUUAAAUGAUGUCAAUAUCAGACAUGAUAGAGAUAUUAGAUCUGAUCUGUAAUAACAAUAAUACUUUAGUUAUAUAAACUCAUUUAUCUUGUUGGAGAAGUACAUAAGAAGUUGAACCAAUUCUAAAACUAAAAAGAAAUAAAACUACAAGUGAAUUCAG